UGUUAAUUAUUUUUGCUCAUUUUACUCUUUUUCUAGUUGUUAAUGUUUGUUAUCUAUAUUUACAAGUUUAACUGAAUUUCUAUUUGCUUGAUUCUCCUUUGGGCCUUUUCUCUUGUUGAGUAAAAACAAUGGAUACAAUUGACCAUGAAAGUGAGAUUGAAGAUGAAACAAAUGAAUUAUCAAUUAGUGCAAUUACCUUAAAUUGUUGGGGACUUCUUUUCUUCUCUAAACAUCGAUUACAACGAAUUCAAUCUAUUGCUGAUUAUUUGAGUGAACAAAAGUAUGACAUUGUUUUCCUUCAAGAGCUUUGGGUUAAAUCAGAUUAUGAGCUGAUUAGACAAAAAACCUCAUCCAUUUAUAAAUUUGCUCACCUUUUCCCUACUAAAAGUAUAAUUGGAACCAGUGGUUUGGCUAUUCUUUCAAAAUGGAGUCCAACUCAUAUAUCUUUCAUGCCAUUUACCGUUAAUGGAUCACCUUUUCGUCCCUGGCAUGGUGACUGGUUCACCGGUAAAGGUACUGGUUACAUUAGGGUGGAUCUAAAUGAUUUGAGAAUUCACCUUUUCUGUACCCAUAUGCAUGCUCAGUAUUCCGAUGAUGAAGAUAUUUCUGAUCAAUAUUCAAUCCACAGAAUUUGUCAAUCCUAUCAAUUGGCUAAAUUCAUUAAUAUGACGGAAGAUUUAGUUUCUAAUGCUGGUAAAUGUGAACUAUUCCUUCUCGCUGGUGAUUUAAAUACUAGUCCAGAGGAGUUUCCCUUUCAACUAUUAAAGUCAAUCACUGGACUGAAUAAUAUUUGUCAUCCUGGAUCAAAUGGCUUUAAUCAUAUAAAUGAUCUAAUUACCUGUGGUAAUGUUGAGAACAGUUUCACUGAUACUUUGUGUAGUAAUCAAAGUAAAGAUGAUAACAAUUCUCGGCAUAAGCAACAAUUAAAGCAAGGGAAACAAAUUGACUUUAUCUUAUACAAAAUGGUCAAUGAUAGAAACAGUCAAAAAAGUCAAUUGUCCACAAUAACUUAUCUUAAUUCAACUGUACCUGAUUUAAGCUUUAAUUGUACUGCUGAAAAGCUUCAAUGUCAAUCCAAAGAUCCGAAAACUGGACUUUCCUUUAGUGAUCAUCAACCGGUGGCCGUGCGAUUUAAAACCAAAAAGGUCGAUCAACAACAACAAUUGUCUAAUCAACGUAAAGUCAAAGAAAGUGGUGAUCAUUCAGGAACAAGUAACAUGAUGAAAAGAGGAAGUUUCGACACAACAGAUUCUUCAAGUGGAUUCACAGAUUCCGUUAAAUGUCCACAACUUGGUGGUACAAAUCUCGAAAAAGCUUCGAAGCUCAUGCGAAGUUACAUUAAUGAGAACGAAAAAUCUAAGCUCAAAUUAACUUAUUCCUUAAUUUUAUUCGCUCUCACUCUCGUAAUUGGCCUGUUUAUGGUUAAUUUGUAUCACGAUUAUAUUUCUUCACCUUUAAUGGUCACAAUUUGUUCACUUUUAAUACUGGUUGUUGGAAUUAUAAUCAUGGCGAUUGAAAUUUCUUUCCGAUUCGAGCAACAUGGAAUCAAAAGUAUUCUUGAAGAAAUGGAUUGCUCCCUCUCAUCAUCGUCUCUUUCCCCUUUCAAUCAACCCGUUAACCAUAGCAACAAGUGUAACCAAUGAAAUUUCAAUGUUUAAAUGAAGGAUAAAUUAAACAUUUCACUAAUUCUUAUUAACACUUAUCCUUAUCGAGUCACAACGACUUCUUCUAAAAUAUGUCGACUUCUUCUACUGCUUGUUCGGACAGUGUUUGUUCAAUAUGUUUGGAUACUUGUUCGGUGGUCAGUUAUGCCGAUGGAUGUUUACACAAAUUCUGUGGCCGUUGUAUCUUUGAAUGGGCUCAACGAAGUCAACUCUGUCCCAUUUGUCGGACUUUUUUCGCCAAUAUUAUAACUAAUGUGACUUCUGACACCGACUAUGAGGUUAUUCCUCUCGAAGAUCGUCGAGUUCCAGUGUCAAAUUUUAUUCGAAACUCUUGGUGGAACAAUAAUUCUUACCCUUCUAAUAGAAAUAUUUUCGCUGUCCGUCAAUUUAAUCAACGAUCUUCACAACACCAACAAUAUCAUCAACCACCACAAUUAACUUCAUCGUCUAGUAACCCACCUUCUCGGGCAAUUAGUCAACAACAUCAACAUCAACAUCAGCAGCAACAACAAGGAAAUGAAGGAUAUCAGGCGAUUAGCCGAUUAGAAGAACCGGACAUUGGUAACCUUCAGAUCGAUAAUCCGAGACCUCGACGAAUUGUCUGGUCAUCUAAUCGGUAUUCAAAUCGUCAGUUUAAUCGACAACAACCCCAACCAACAUCAUCUCAUCAUGAAAAUGUAGUCGCGUUGAGACAAAUCAUUUCUCCCGCAUUCCGAACAGAUUAUCACAAUAGAGGUCACAAUCAACCUUUAACUAGUCCUCGACACUCAUUUAAUCCACGACCAUUUAGACCUUUGGUUGGUGUGCGACAAGAAAACCAACAAAAUCAAAAUCAAAAUCAAAAUCAUAAUCAACCCCAACAAAAUCAUCAACAUUCAUCACAAUCAUCCAAUCAGUUAAAUGUUAAUUAUCAGCAACCUCAUCAUUCACAUUCACAUUCUUAUCCUCAACCACAUUCACACCCUCACCCUCACUCUCACUCGCACUCUCACCCUCACCCUCAUCAUUAUCAUUAUAAUUCUAGUGUCCAUUCUCACAAUUCUCAUCAAACUCAACCUCAUCAUUCACAUCAUCAUCAUCUUCAUUCUCACCCACACUCUGGUCCUCAUCCUCAUCCUCAUCCUCAACACCAUCACCACCAUCAUCAUCACCAACAAACAGCCUGCAAAAGAUUAUCAUCCCGACCUAAUGAAAGACAAUGGAGAAGAUAAUUUUCUCUCUCAUUGUAACAAUUUUAAAAUUUAACACCGAAUUUGCCUUAAUUAUUAUUAUAUUUAAUUCACACCUCUUUUUUUCUAAUCACUAAUCACCUUUGUAACAAUCACUUUAAACUAUGAACAAUUUUAAACAGAAAAUCACAGAAAAUCAUAGAAACUGAAAAUACAUUAAUAAAACAACAACGAUUGAUUUACUGA